UAUAUAGAGAAAAGCAACCCGAAAGGUGAAUUAUAUUGAGGGUUGGAAGAAGAGUCACUAUAAAGAAGGUCGUGGAUGGUGCAACAUGCGAGCACAACAAGAUUGGGUUAAAAUUGAAAAUGAGUAUAAGAAAAUGUUGGACGAGGUUGGUGGUGAUGAAUCGAAAGUCAAACAGCUAGAAUGCUUGGCUCGUGUACUUGGAGAAAGGAGAGGUCAUACACGGGGUGUUGGUCGAAAAGUGAAAAAUGUAGCACCUUAUAAUAUCCCGACUCCUUCAACAAAUAAUGUAGACCUCAAUGCAUUUGCUCUUCAGUUGAAUCAACAAUUGAGUCAACGGUUUAAUCAACAAAUGUUCAUGUCUCAAAAUCCAAACACCCAACCUCCACCGCCGGUUCAAUUCAAUAUUGAUCUCUCAUAG